GCAUUGAAUGCAUUCUUCCGUAACGACAUAGAACGCACCAGCGUUAUCCUCCGAUACUCAAGGCGUAGAUAUGUACAUAGUUCUGUAACAAGUAUAUGAGUAGUGAGUACCUAGAGUCAUACCGGUUACAGUGAAGCGCUCUGUACAUAGAAGUCUCACAGAACACACAGUAAGUGUUGGCGACCCACCAUGUCAGAGAUAGCCGAGGAAGAGGACAGUCACAGCGACUCCGACAGUAACACAUAUGAGUCGUUACUGCCGACCUCCUCCAGCCGUUCAGUGCUGUUACAACCAUCAGACAUCACCAGCACAGCACAAGCCUACCGACUGGCCCGUGGAGCCACCAUUCCACAGGCGGACAGACAACACAGUCGUUCAAGACACAGUCGCGGUCACCACAGGAGGCGGUCCUCCAACAACAUCUUUGAACUUAGACAAUUUUACAAAAACGUCAAGAAGUGUUUCCUUUUUAUGAUUGUGUGCAAUGUACUAGUUGUCAUACUUCUGUUCGUAACACAUCCCAAGUUUGGGUUUCUUGUUUGGAACACCGAUGAAGACUUCCCGAAGGAUGGACAUCCUAAUACGCUCCAACUCUGCGUGAAAUGUGAGACUUUGUACGCUAAAGUAGGUCCCACACUUAUCAGUCACAUUCGGUCUCAUGAAAACCCCGGGUUCUGCUGCUUCAGACACGUGUACCAACUGCUGAAACUAGUAGACAACUACACCAAAGAGUUUAUAAAGCAAGAAGAAAACAAAUUGAGGGUGAAAUACCCCAGGAACAUCCCCUCGUCGUGUGAGUCUCGGGAACCGGUGAUUGCACACACAUAUUACAACGGGUCCUCCUCCAGUAUUACCUUGACGUGGGAGCCCGAGGGAAUUGAUAUUCUGAUGCUGGGAAUUCGGCUGGUCAGUUCCAGGAGUCUGGCAGUAAACACGCCCGGCUACUACUAUGUUUACAGCCAUGUCCAUAUCACAUCCAACACCACAUAUAGGCAUGACAUCUUAAAUAAUGGAACUGCACUGGUGACGAACACGGGCACUCAAACAGCAUACUCUAUAUUACAGGGUAUAUUUCACCUCCCAAAUGGAUCCAGCCUCUCCGUGUCUGUGACUCCGAAUGUGACUUCCGGAACGAGGAGAUUUGGAUUAUAUAAACUGAAGCCAUGAUGUGUGUGCGGAUCUGAGAAUUUAUUUCCACCAGUACUCAAUACUUACGCUGCGUUAUGCGUACCUCGGGAGCAGGACAAUAUUGCCACCUCGGGCAAUUGCAACCCGGACAAUUGCCGCAAAGGACAAUUUCCACCCAGGACAAUUCCCACCAAAUUAUAAUAGUGGGGACAAUUGCAAAUGUGUAUAUGUUAUGGAUAACCAUGCCAAACUCAAUAAAUGUUGGUAAAGAAACUGGA